AUGGACGACAACAUCCGAAGUAUGCCUGGUCAACGCCAGGUCUCGGAGGGAGAUUUGAGGACCGGGAGGAGAAGUCAAAGUCAUCGUCGAAGACUCUCUGCUUCCUCCAGAGAUAGGGAUAUCGAGCAGGAUGAACAGUCCAGCUUGCUUGGAGGAUCGGGCUCCGGAGAUCGGAGGGACUACCAAACAGAUCCGGGAACCCCUCGACAGAGACUUUCCCGACAUCACUCUUCGCAUUCUCCUAUGGCUACUCGACCUAGCAGAGUUCCGUCGUUCUCCCAACGUUUGACCAGAGCGCUAUCAAGCUACGAUCUUAAGAAUAGGAAUAAUGAGUCACUUUUGGAGGAUCGUGUUUGGUAUGAUCAGGUCGGCAUCCCAUUGAUAGAAGCUCAAUUACACGAGGAGUUUACUGAUACUAUACCUAUAGUUCACCUCUACGGGUAUGUCUCGGAAACACUUGUCAGCUACUAAAUUGGAUUCAGAUUAUCGCUAUGCUGUGCGUGGAAACUUACGGUUGACAUAGAUUGGAUUAACGACUCGAUCAAGGAUGCCCACCGAGUGAAGGCUCUGAGGGCUCGCAGGGAUUUCCGAGGCAGAGUCUACGCUUGGUUUGACGGUGCUCAAGGGUGGAUUUUGGUUGCGAUUAUUGGCUUUGUGACCGCCUCCCUAGCCUUUUUCGUGGACGUUACGGAGAAUGUCCUUUUCGAUUACAAGGAGGGAUAUUGCACGAGUGAGUCUGCGUGAUUGUCCGGCCAGUAUCCUAGUUGCUAUACAAGUAUGAGCUAAUGCCUGGCGUCACACAGAUGGGUGGUAUUUCAGCAAAAAGAAGUGUUGUUUAAGCGACACUAGUCGGUAUAUCGUGCUGAACGACAAGAAAAAUUCACUAAUCAUAUGAUAGCGAAUGAAUUCUGCCCUAUGUGGAGAACUUGGUCACAGGCAAUUACGAAGUCUGAAGCAUCUACCGAGCAUAUCGACUAUAUUGCAUAUGUUACCUUGACGGUGAUCCUAGCCACUGCUUCAUCGCUGCUUACCAUGACUACUCGCACGGUUUACCCUGGGGCUCUGCAGAUCCAGACCGUAGACGAAGAUCUCUCGCAAAUUCCAGGCGGAAGCUCCGGCGCCGAAGCGAAGGCUGUCACCGCCCCACCAACUGUUUACUAUUCUGCUGCUGGUAGUGGUGUGGCAGAGGUCAAAGUAAUUUUGUCCGGAUUUGUUCUCCACGUAUGUCCUCUCCAGUGACUUUGGCAGGUCCAUAUUAAGAUUGAUGAAGGGGUAUCUGGGCCUGAAAACCCUUGUGGUUAAAUUAUUCGCCCUGGUUUUGAGUGUGUCUUCCGGGCUGAGUUUGGGGAAGGAGGGGUGGGCUCAAUCUCACCCGAUUGGUCUGCUGGAACGGGCGUACUGACAUAUUGCAGGCCAUAUGUUCACAUCGCCACUUGCGUAGGAAAUAUUGCCUGUCGUCUAUUCUCCAAGUAUAACCACAACGAUGGUACUUCGCACCGAUUCAACAGGCAAUGUUUGUAGAUUUGCUCACUUUAAAAGGCAAGCGCAGGGAGGUUCUGAGUGCUAGUGCGGCGAGCGGGGUUGCGGUCGCAUUCGGUGCCCCAAUCGGCGGAGUUCUUUUUAGUCUCGAGGAAGUUAGGUAAGUUUUUGUAUGUGAUACACGGUGGCCAGUAAAUCUUCUGACGCACUAAAGCUACUAUUUCCCUUCAAAAACCCUGUUCAGGACUUUUUUCUGCUGCAUUGUGGGUGGAUUCCUGUUACCCAUGGUCGUAGAGUCGUUGCUUAUAUUAUACCCUUAGGUGGCUGCUUUGUCGUUGAAAUUCCUGAAUCCGUAUGGGACAAACAAGAUUGUACUUUUCGAGGUUCGGUAUACCUCUGACUGGCAUAUAUUUGAACUCUUUGUAUUUGUGUUUUUAGGAAUGUGUGGUGGCGUUUACGGUGCCUUUUUCAUUAAGGCUAGUAAAUUCUGGGCAACUACAUUCCGGCGAAACAAGUUUAUCAAGACCUACCCGGUUCUGGAGCUCAGUCUUGUUGCUCUUGCGACUGGCUCGAUAUCUUACUGGAACCGAUACGUAAAAUUGGCAGUCAGUGAGCUCCUCUUCGAGCUAGCGAGCCCUUGUUCGGGGAACCCAUCCGAUCACUCGGGACUUUGCCCGAAGCCCGAUGAGAUACCAAGUACUAUAUUGGAUCUUUUGAUUGCCUUAGCCAUUAAAAGUGUUCUCACGUAGGUUCCCUUCUCCAGUGUUGAGCCUGGGUACUAACCUGACUAGCGUUGUUACAUUCGGAACCAAGGUUCCCGCCGGAGGUAGAUUGAUACGCUUCCAUUGUCUAUGCGCAAAAGCUAAUUCGUUCACAGUUUAUGUACCUACCAUGGUUAUUGGUGGCAUUAUGGGACACGUCGUUGGCCUCGCUGUGGAAUACGCCGUUUAGUAAGUUGACUGUCUGUUCCGACUCUGGAGUACAAUUAAUGUCGGAUGCAGCAAAUUCCCGCACUCCCCCUUAUUCGCCUCAUGCCCAGUCGGCGGAGCCCCGUCAGCCUGCGUAACUCCAGGGGUAUACGCUCUUGUAAGUUGCAUGGUCCGUGCUAUUAUUGGUUCUUGGGAAUAACAAAGUGCAGGUUUGCGCAGGUGCAGUUAUGUGUGGGGUCACUAGACUGUCAGUGACACUUGCUAUUAUUUUAUUCGAAAUGACUGGCAGCCUUGAUCAUGUCUUGCCAUUCUCGUUAGCAGUCCUUGUAUCAAAAUGGACUGCAGAUGCUAUUGAACCCCUAAGCAUUUAUGUUUGUUCCUGUCUGUUCCAUCGGAGAUAUGUUCUGCUAAUGAUUGCUAGGAUCUUCUUACUGCCCUAAAUUCCUAUCCAUAUCUCGAUACCAAAAUGCGGCCUGUGUUUUCUUCUCAGCUUAGUGACAUUACACCGAGGCCACGACCGGAACGAGUAAUUGACAUCACGGAUUCGGUUUAUAUUCCUGCUGAUGAGCUUCGCGAAAAGCUACAGAUGCUACAGGCCGUUGGAGAACUCGAUGGUGGACUACCGAUCGUUAGAAAUAACAUUCUCGUUGGCCUUAUUCCUGCUCCGGACCUAGAGUUUGCUCUUGACAAUCUACAAUCCUCUGAGCAAGACGAACUGUGUUGCAUGGAGCCAAAGGGCGAGUGGUGGGACGGGAUAUCUGACAACGACCCAAUAAAAGAUCCAACAAAUUUUUCACCGUACAUCGACCCUGCUCCCGUUGCACUGGAAAGACACUCGCCCAUGGAGCUGGUUCACGAGUGUUUCGCCAAGUUGGGGUUGAGAUAUAUGUGUGUAUUGCGGGAUGGACAGUUUGCUGGAGUGGUACGUAUCCCGAAAGGAUCCGCGGUGUCUUUGCUAAAUAUAUCACUAACAACCGUUCAGGUCCAUAAAAAGACGUUCGUAAAGUACCUGAUGGAGGUUACCGAGGGCAAGGUUGAGUGAUUAAACAGUCGUGACGCCUCUUCCUUCCAACACCUACUGCAUACCAAAGACCCACUCGCUGUUCUUAGUACUUAGUUUGACAGGCUCGCUAGAUUAUUACUGCACAUUUGAUUAUCACCGUUUUUCUCCUAUUCUAUUAUCGCGCAUGUGUUGUCAAAGACGUUGGUUUUUCUUCAGGGUUUCUUUUCUAUAUAUCCUCCCUCAUGUUCGAUACCAUUGUGCUUUUUUAUGGAAAUUGGGCUAAAGUUUUGUUUUGUUUUUCCUCCUUUUUGUUCCGUUUACCAGCAGUAUAGUGUUUGCAUUUUUUCUCUUUUUCUAGUUUACGUCUUAUACAUUUGUGGAUGGUCGUAUGGUUCUGAGGAGAGGGAGAGAUGUCUGGCGUGACAGAUAAUUGGUGUGGUGAAAUGGUUGCAGCAUUGCAGGAGUGGAUGUGGAGAGUGUAUUUGUAAUGAUGCGCAGGUACGGUAGUGGCAUGGCGAGUGAUGGGCUAUGAUGGAAGUACUUGGCUGAUUGGGUUGUGGGGGAUUCCUUGAGGGUCUAGAUAGUCUAUGCCGAGAGCGAUACUUCUUAUCCUCUUGGCUUUUCUUAUACUUCUGUGGCUGGUUGUCUGGUCAAUCAGCGCAGCAUGGCUCCCACCCAGGUUAGUCAUGGAAAAUCACUCCACUGUCAUU